GCCGCCGCUGCGCCUGGUCCAGCCUCCAGGCCCAGCGCUGUGACUUCGCCGGACCGGGACGCUUUGAGGAGACACCCUCACUCCUUCCCGGGGGUCCCGGACGCCUAGCCGGGCGUGGGGGGAAGCUCCGCUUGCGGGGGACAGGGAGGGAGGAGCCUGAAGCCGGAGCCCGCACCGCCCGCCGCCCGGAUCAACGGGACAGGACAGGUUGAGGGGCGUCGGGGAAAGGAAGAGGGGGUGCUGCAGGCAGUCCCCGGGAGGACGAGCAAGCGCGGUCGCAGGAAGCUCUAGUGAGCUCUGACUUGUAGGGGGCCUCUUCACAUUUGGGGACUGGUGGCAACGUGGGUGCGCUCCUCUCUGGGGGCCUGACUAGAUAGGAGGGCAUGGGAUCUAGACAGCGCAAGCUGUCUUAAGGGGCAGUCCAGGAAAAAAGAAAAUGCUCAUUCGGAGGUGACGGGGGCCCUCCAAACUACCACACCUGGUGUAUCCAUCCAUUAGGAAGGGCGGAUUUGGAGGUGACUUGGAGAGGAGUGGAGGGUGACAAGGUGAGGAGAGGGUCUGUGGGCAGCUGGAGCCCUGUGCUAUUAGAAAUGGGAGUGAUGGUGAAGAAAGGCAGUGUCCACCCAGGGGAUCUGGGACCUGCUCCUCGCUGAACCCGGACAGCCUGUGUUCUCCCAGAUAUAUUUUGGGGGGAUUUCAGUGGGGAAAAAAAAGUAGGAGAUCAUCUCCAUUGAGAAGGUAGCAAAGGAGGGAGCACCAGCGUUGGGCUCCUCUCUGACAUUGAGAGUUGUCCUGUGGGGCUGGGACGAGUUGAUGGCCCCGAAGCUGGGACCCACACCUUUCAGAUUAUCAGAGUAGAUCUGGAGUGUGGGCUCCAAAGCAGGGGGGAAGAGGGAAAACUGGAGCCACCUCUUGGGAGAUCUUGGCUUUGGAACCCAGGGCGUGGAGACACACCAGAGAGGAGUGAAGAGGGGGAUUUUCAGUUAGGGGCAACAUUCCAGGUGAGGGAAACCGAGGAGUGCAUAGGCGGCCAGGUCAGGUGGAGCCAGGAUAGGGCCCAAGGGUGGGUGCUGGCGGCCGCAGCGAGGAGUCUGGGGCUUGCCUCAGGUCCUGUGGGUGGGGCGGUGAGCUGGGGCCAGGGAGUGGAGAGCAUGCCCUGGUGAGCGCGUUGGUUUGGGGGUGUCUCCUCCCGGGGCGCCAUGGCGGCGCUGGCCAGUAGCCUGAUCAGGCAGAAGCGCGAGGUCCGUGAGCCCGGGGGCAGCCGGCCGGUGUCGGCGCAGCGGCGCGUGUGUCCCCGCGGCACCAAGUCCCUCUGCCAGAAGCAGCUCCUCAUCCUGCUGUCCAAGGUGCGACUGUGCGGAGGGCGGCCCACGCGGCCGGACCGCGGCCCGGAGCCUCAGCUCAAAGGCAUCGUCACCAAACUGUUCUGCCGCCAGGGUUUCUACCUCCAGGCGAAUCCCGACGGAAGCAUCCAGGGCACCCCAGAGGACACCAGCUCCUUCACCCACUUCAACCUGAUCCCCGUGGGGCUCCGCGUGGUCACCAUCCAGAGUGCCAAGCUGGGUCACUACAUGGCCAUGAAUGCCGAGGGGCUGCUCUACAGCUCGCCGCAUUUCACAGCCGAGUGUCGCUUUAAGGAGUGUGUCUUUGAGAACUACUACGUCCUGUAUGCCUCUGCUCUCUACCGCCAGCGGCGUUCUGGCCGGGCCUGGUACCUAGGCCUGGACAAGGAGGGUCGGGUCAUGAAGGGAAACCGAGUGAAGAAGACGAAGGCCGCUGCCCACUUUGUGCCCAAGCUCCUGGAGGUGGCCAUGUACCGGGAGCCUUCUCUCCACAGUGUCCCCGAGACGUCCCCAUCCAGUCCCCCUGCACCCUGAAGGUAGUUCCUGGACUCCAGACUCCCUGCACUCUCAGGGAGCCAGCCACCGCCAAGCCUGUCUCCCUGCCCUGCUCCCCACCCAGCCCUGCCGCCACACAUAUGCCCUAGGAAGCCAGGUCCCACCAGGUGCUCUACCCUGAGGGAGCCCUAGGGGCUGGCUGGGACUUCCAGGGCUGCUGGGACCCUUAGACCCAAGGGGCCCGGGAGGGGGUCGGAGAGAGGGGAUGCCUGAAUACGGGCCUGGCUGAUUGCUUCUUUCUUUCCACACUCCCUCCUCCCCCCACCAAAGCCUUUUCCUGAGAUGGCACUGGGGUUUCCGAAACUGACAGAGCCCUGGCUCAGCCGGUGCCUGGAGCCCUGUGUCCCUUUCAUUGCCACUGAGCCAUAGAUGUAUAGGUCCACUGGAGUCAGGAUUCCUUUCCUUCUGUCCCUUUGCUACCUUCUGCCUUGGUCUGGACACUCUGGAGCAUCAGACGCCCCCAUCCAGGGCCACUUCUGUACCAGGGCUCUGUGCUAGAACCCAGGCAUGCUGCCAGGCUCCGUUCUGGAUCCCUCAGGCUUCUAUCCUUGACCCAGACGGACCCUGACUGCCAAGGACAGAGAGGCCGGAAUGGAGCCCUGUGUCGCUGUUGGCCUUGGCCCCAACCAGGACCAACCUCAGAUCUCCACAGGUUUAACCUUCUUAUCCCAGAGACACCCAAUUCUAGAGCAUGGUGUUCUAGACCUUUAUGGAGCCAUACUUUCUCCCGACUCUCAGCUCUAGGACAUGGACCGUGACUCAGCCCUUCUCUCCGGCAUGGAACUGGGGCCUAUAUAGCCAUACUAUUGCUCUAGCCUAGAGUAAGUUCUAGACCCCCACCCCCACCCCCACGUGGUACAUAUUAGAGAUGAGCUCUGGAAAGGACCCAGCUAUGAUUCAUAAAGAAUUAAGUUCUGGAUGAAUCGAGAGCCACUGCUUGUUUUCCCUGGACAAUUUUCUAAAAAGCUUGUUCUUCCAUAUAGGAUGCUAACCUUAUUUUUACAUGCAAUUUCUAGUUCCUGCAACGCAGCUGGGGGUCCUGCCACAGAAACAGAGGAUUGCGGAAGGGCCCCUGGCUCCUAGUAGGGAAACGGGGGUGGAGAAGGGACCAAAACCCUGGCACGACUGAACCUGGGUCUGGGCCGGGGGGGCCACGAACACUUAGCUACCUCAGCAGGAAUUCCUUCUAGGUCCCCUUUAAAGCUGAGGUCUUUAUGGUAAUGGGUCCAGGAAGAAAGGGCAAAAGUUACGUUUGUUCUAGAAAGAAAGGACAAAAGCCUUGAGUGCCCCCCCUCAGUGAGGAGACCCCAAUUCAGCAAUAAGUCCCUUUCCUUCCCCCUACAGGUCAGACAGGCCAAGGAGGGGAGGGCUUCUUGGGCUAAGACCAUGUAUACCCCAGAGCUUCUAACUGAAUAGACUUGCUUUACUUUAUAGCUUAUAGCCUCAGCUGGGGUUCAGGUACCCCCCCCCCCAAAAAAAAAGCCUGCCUGGAUUUUUUCGGAAAAACGUGGAGAGCGAAGCAUGGACCCGGGAAAGGUCGGGAGACCACUAGUGCUCUAGGGAGACUCCACGUGGAACUGAACAGGAGAGACAGGGGGCUCUGAGAGGGGCUUCUGCUCAAAGGCAGGCCACUUUUCCUCAGGCGCCUGUACUUCCGGCUUGUUGCAGGAGGGAUAGAUGCCCCCCACCCCCACACAAACCCCUGCUCAGGCUCCACCCAGCCCUUGGCUCCGCUCCCAGGGGACCGGGUCUCCAUCCACUCCAUGCUUUCUCAAUUAAAGACGAUUUAUA